CCCUGCAACUGUUGUUAACUGUUCAUCAUGAUAUGCUACUUUUUUGGAGAAGUAGGAAUGUGAAUUGUAGUCGUAAACUACCAGCAGAGAGAGGACGAUGGAGGACUUCAGACGGACGUUUGUGCGCCUGUGCAAGGAGAGCGGCACGGAGCCCCAGGAGUCGGUGCUGACCCAGCUGCACGAGGCCCGCGGCGUGGCUGCCGGAUCGGGCACCUCCACCAGGCUGGACCUGAGCGGGCACAGCCUCUCCGCCGACACCUGCGCCGUCCUGGGCCGGGCGCUGAGCAACGACACGGCCCUCAUGGAGGUGGUGCUCAGUGACUGCAUGCUCAGCGAGGAGGGUGCUAAGCUCUUGAUCAGCGGCCUGUGCUGCAACGCUACGAUCAGGCUCCUCGAUCUGAAGGGAAACAACCUCAGGGGCUCGGGGGCCGAGGCACUGGGCAAGCUGCUGGUCAGGAACAAGACGAUCCGCAGGCUGGUCCUGGAAUGGAAUGCCCUGGGCAUGUGGGACGAGGCCUUCUCCGUAUUCUGCGAGGGCUUGGCCACCAACUGCCACCUGACACAGCUGGACCUGCGCAACAACCAGAUCAACCACCAGGGGGCAGCAGAGCUCGCCAUGGUGCUCAAGAGGAACAGCGUUCUGCAGGAGCUUGACCUGCGGUGGAACAACAUUGGCCUGCUGGGCGGCAGGGCUCUUCUGGAGGGUCUGCAGCAGAACCGGACUCUGUUCCGCCUGGAGAUGGCAGGGAACAAUGUGCCUAGUGACACAAUCAAAGCCUUGGAUCAGGCCAUCAGUCACAACGCCGACCGGCUCAACACGCUCAAGGAGAGCCGCGGCAAAACCUCAGUGCUCAGCAGGGAGAUCCAGAUCCUGAAGGUGGAGAAGAACCGGCAGUAUAUGAGUCUGAUGGACACCAUUGACAAGCAGAGGGAUGAGAUGGGCCGAAGCAGCAGGAACACGACGCUGCGUGUGGGACAGCUGCAGGAGGCUCUGAAUGAGAAGAAGUCUGCCGUCAACUCGCUCACAGCAAAGCUGCACAUGUCGGAGGCGGCGCUGGCUCUGUCGGAGCAGAAGGUGCAGAGUCUAGGGGAGCAGCUGACGCGCAUGCAGCAGGAGAAGGCCGAGAUCAAGGAGAGGCAGGCCAGGGACAUGCAGAAGGAGGUGGAGGAGAGCACACUCAGGGAGGCGAAGCUGCAUAAAGAAGUGCAGACUGUGACAGAAAGGAACCACCAGCUCCAGAACAAGGUGGAUGAGUUGGAGCGCAGGUGUAAGCUGCAGCAGGAGCAUGUCUUUGAGCUCAAGCAAGAGCUCACUAACAACACUGCAGAGCUGAAACUACGGCUUGCCCAGACAGAGGAGCGUCUGGACAUGGAGAAGAGGCGGUCCAAGCAGGCGCUCGUGGACAUGGAGGCCCUGCGGCAGAAAGAGGUGGACCAUGUGACGCGUCACCUGGAGGACACAGAGAGGGCCUUGCAGGAGCGCAUCCUCAAGCUGGAGGGACAGCGCAUCCAGCUGGAGGAGGAGCUGAGCCGGGUGAAGGCCGCAGGUGUAACGGAGAGAGCCCACGCUGAAGAGGAGCUGGGGAAGGUCCGGGCCCAAGUGCGCCUGGAGGAGCAGCAGAACGUGAGCAGUCUGGAGGAGAAGCUGCGGGUUCUGCGUCAGGCGCGGGACGAGGCGCAGCACCUGUGCACGCAGCAGAAGCAGAACGUGGCCGACCUGCACGCCAGACUGGGCCAGCAGAGCGUGGAGAUGGACACCCUCAAGAGACGCAUGGACGACCUGCAGCAGGAUCUGUCCGGUAAGGAGCAGGAGAAGGUGACGGAGGUGUCGCGCGUGCGGGUGGAGCUGCAGGAGCAGAUCGGGCACCUGCAGGCCGAGAGGACGGCCCAGGGAGGCCUGAAGGAGAAGAUCGCCGCGCUGGAGAGAGAGAUCAAAGUUCUGAGCAGCAACCACCGGGAAGCCCUGCUGGAUAAGGAGAGCGAGAUCUCGUCGCUGCUGGAGCGCCUGCGCAUGCGCGAGGGGGAGAUCCAGCGCAUGCGCGAGGACGAAGCCCAGAGAGCCAGCGCCCUGCAGAACGCCGUCCUCACCUACGUCCAGGGGUCCUCCAUCGGACACUUCAGCCCCAAAAAGUGACAUGAACACACACACACACACUAUUGCAUACACAACUUGCAGAUUCAAACAUACACACCCCUACCUCCCACAGAGACACAUGCACACAUCAUACACAAACACACACACACACACACACACACACACACAGAGCCACACACGCAUACACACCAUGCUAACCAACACACACACACACACACACACACACAUACACACACACACACACGCACACACACACACACACACAUACACCAUGCUAACCAAUGCAGAGGGCUUUUCAUUCUGAUAUCAGUCUUGACCAAAAAAAUAAGACAUUUGUCUUCCACUUUGAGACACUGAAAUGUUUUGCAAAGCACUUCCAAUAAGGUAGCGUUCAUCUUAGAGUACUUAGCAUCUCUGUUUUGUGCAACAGAACCAAGUUCUGGUCAGCUAUUAAAUAUUAUCACUUACAAACCAUGUGCAGACUGCAGAUGUUUAUCAUCAUCAUUAUUAUUAUUAUUAUGGACGAUGCUUUUGGCUUGAGAAAUAUAAGUGUCAAACUGUGGAACAUUACCUCACUAACUUGAGACAUUCUAUGGUUGGCUAUUUUGAGACAUGGACAUCUACUGUCUGAAUUGUUUGAAAACAGGAUUAUUAAUGACAUGUUGGAACAGCAUCCAUCUGUUUUUAAAGCAAUAAUUUUAUGCUCUUUGAGAUCAAGGCUGUGAUUUGUACCUGUAAUUGUGUAUGAUCUUGUUGGUUGAUGAAGCUUGAAGUUUGAUACGUUUUUUUAAUGGACUUUAUUGUUUUACUUUUGUAUAUUUUUGCACAUUUGGGUUUGUAAAACAAAAAAUAAAAACUGUUUUCACACAU